ACUUCACAUCAGAGCCCAUCUUCAGCCAAUGAGGAGGUCCACUGGAUUGGGUGUCACUAUAACAGAAGGACAUAAUCAGCGUGGUAAGUUUGCAGAACCCUACAGCCUGUCUUGGCCAGCAGGGAGCUCACUUCUGUCAGCGUUUCUGAGGUUUCAAAGUCCACUGUCACCAUGUCUGACACAGAAGAAGUAGAACAGGUUGAGGAAUAUGAUGCUGUAGAAGAGGAGGUAGUAGUGGAAGUAGAGGUGGCCCCAGAGGCAGCCCCAGAGGCAGCCGCAGAGCCAGAACCAGAGCCAGAACCAGUGGUAGAGCCAGAACCAGAGCCAGAGCCAGAGCCAGAACCAGAAGCAGAGCCUGAGCCUGAGCCUGAAGAGGAGAAGCCAAAGUUCAAGCCCACGGCCCCAAAGAUCCCAGAUGGUGAGAAAGUGGACUUUGAUGACAUCCAGAAGAAACGUCAGAACAAGGAUCUGGUGGAGCUGCAGGGCCUGAUCGAUGCUCACUUCGAGUGCAGGAAGAAGGAGGAGGAAGAGCUGAUUGCACUGAAGGAGAGGAUUGAAAAGCGUCGCGCUGAGAGGGCGGAGCAGCAGAGGAUCCGUGCUGAGAAGGACAAGGAGCGCCAGGCCAGACGUGAGGAGGAGAGGCGUAUCAAGGAGGAGUCGGAUGCCAAGAAGAAGGCUGAGGAGGAUGCCAAGAAGAAGUCUGCUAUGACCAGCUCCACCUACAGCAGCCACCUGCAGAAGGCUGACCAGAAGAGAGGAGGAAAGAAAGAGACUGAGAGAGAGAAGAAGAAGAAGAUCCUCGCUGCCAGACGCAAGCAGCUCAACAUCGACCAUCUGAGUGAAGACAAGCUGAAGGAUAAGAUUACUGAGCUGUAUGAAUGGAUGCGCCAGCUGGAGUCUGAGAAGUUCGAGCACAUGGAGAGACUGAAGAGGCAGAAGUAUGAGGUUACAACUCUGCGUAAGAGAGUGGAGGAACUCAGUAAAUUCAGCAAGAAGGGAGCUGCUGCCCGCCGCAGGAAGUAGACUGGCUCAGACUGCCUCUGCACGAAAACCAAACGAUGAUCAACACACGCCAGAUGAAGCACAGCAUGCUGUGGCGAAGAUCAUUGCACCAAAGAAACUAUUGUCUCUGAGAUCUGCGCCGCAGUUACCAAGCCAAAUGGAGAAAAGCCAACCAAAUGCCUUUAGCUGCUGUUCAAUAGCAAUUAAAAGAAGGAAAAUUUUUGUCAUGCUUCCUCUCCCUCCAUUGCUGGUUCUCAGUAUUUUUGUAAAUAAAGUGUGACUCUUCAAGGCA